CUCUAGUUCUUUCCUUCAACUCCGGCACCUUCUGCGCUCCCUCUCUCCUCUCUCCUCCACUUCGAGACCUUGUGCGCUCCCUCUCUCUGUCUCCUGCUGUUGCGUCUACAAACGCUGUCUUGACUGGAGCAGAGGAGAGGACAAACAGAGAGGAUCUGAGUCAGAAUCCAAAAAAACACCAAAAGGAGAACAGAAACUUUGACUUGUCCUCGCCGAGUGUCGUGUGUCUGUGUGUGCUGAGUUUGUUAGAUGUGUGUGAGCUUCUUGAGAUCUCCUCUGAUUGAGUUCUGGGGGAUCUGUCAUUGAAGACAGGAGGCGCAUUGACAGCGAACGAAAGGCUGGGGUGAACCUGACACAGCUCCACAGAGGAGAGGAAGAGGAAAGGAAGAUGAGAAAGUGACAAGCGGGACCGUGGCUUUGAAUGGUGGCAGAACAACCGACGACACUGUGACUACACAUCCCAUCAUCCUACAGGCCCCAGAUCUGAUUGGAUGGUUUUGUCAGAAUGACAGCCGAAGAUUCUGCUUCUUCCUCGACCAUGAGCAAUAACUCUGCCCCCACCAAACCCUCCAAAUCCUCUGGUGCCUCCCACCACUCUCUCCAUGGACAGAUCGCCAUCCCAGAGGGUGUUGCAGGAGCUCCCAACGAGGCCUCGCUGGUUGCCUUGAUGGAGCGCACUGGCUACAGUAUGGUCCAGGAAAACGGUCAGCGUAAGUAUGGUCCCCCACCUGGCUGGAAUGGUCCAUCUCCUCCGCGAGGAUGUGAAAUCUUUGUGGGGAAGAUCCCACGGGACGUUUAUGAGGAUGAGCUGGUCCCAGUGUUUGAGUCUGUAGGACGAAUCUACGAGAUGCGUCUGAUGAUGGACUUUGAUGGGAAGAAUCGAGGAUAUGCGUUUGUGAUGUACACAGAGAAACAUGAAGCCAAGCGAGCUGUGCGGGAGCUCAACAACUAUGAGGUGCGGCCUGGGCGGCUACUGGGGGUCUGCUCCUCUGUGGACAACUGCCGUCUUUUCAUUGGUGGUAUCCCCAAGACCAAAAAGCGUGAGGAGAUCCUGGAGGAGGUCUCUAAGGUGACGGAGGGUGUACUAGAUGUGAUUGUUUAUGCCAGCGCUGCAGACAAGAUGAAGAACCGCGGCUUUGCCUUUGUAGAGUAUGAAUCGCACCGUGCAGCCGCCAUGGCACGCAGGAAGUUGAUGCCUGGGCGUAUUCAGCUGUGGGGCCACCAGAUCGCAGUAGACUGGGCGGAGCCUGAGAUUGAUGUGGAUGAGGAUGUGAUGGAGACGGUGAAGAUCCUCUACGUCAGGAAUCUUAUGAUGGAGACCAGUGAGGAGACGAUCAGACAGGUCUUUAGCCAGUGGAACCCUGGGUGUGUCGAACGUGUCAAGAAGAUUCGCGACUAUGCCUUUGUCCACUUUACCUCCCGCGAUGACGCUGUCCUGGCCAUGGACCACCUUAACGGCACAGAGGUGGAAGGGUCCUGCAUUGAGGUGACACUUGCUAAGCCUGUGGAUAAGGAGCAGUACUCCCGCCAAAAGGCCUCAAAAGGGGUUGCCGCCACUCCAGAGGCUACUCAGCAGAACUACGUUUACCAGUGUGACCCCUACACAUUGGCCUACUACGGUUAUCCCUACAACACUCUGAUUGGACCCAACAGAGACUACUUUGUUAAAGGAUCCCCAAUGAUACAGAACAAUGGUACUGUGCGAGGUCGUGGUCGUGCUACUUCAGGUAACCGUACCCCUGGACCGCGUGGGUCAUACCUGGGGGGUUACUCUGCCGGUCGUGGCAUCUACAGCCGCUACCACGAAGGCAAGACCAAGCAGCCUGAAAAGCCCUAUGAGCUGAUGCCCAGUCUGGAGCUCGCUGCUUCCGUCAACCCAGUUGGCAUCAAACCUGGCACAAUGGCACUGCCCGCUCUGGGUGGGCAGUACCCAGUGUUCAGUGCUGCUCCUGCAGCAAAGCUGAUGGAGGAGGGGAAGGUGCACACAGUGGAGCACCUCAUCAACCCUCUGGCAAUGCAACAUGCUGAACACACCACCACUCCUGCUGCUGCCACUGUCCUUCCUGCGGUCUCUACCCCUCCACCUUUUCAGGGUCGUCCAAUCACCCCUGUCUAUGCUAUGGCUCACAACGUGCAGCGUAUCCCAGCAGCCAGUGGCCUCUAUGGAGCUGGAUAUGUCCCCAUCGCAAACUAUGCCGCCAACACAGCAGCUCUGGCCGCUCUGCAGAAGAAUGCAGCGGUGGCAGCUGCAGCGUACGGAGGCUAUGCAGGCUACGCUGUGCCACAAGCUUUUCCCACUGCUGCCUUCCAGUUGCCCAUUCAUGAUGUCUACCAGACAUACUGAAUCUGAGGCUCAGGCAUUUUCCUGCCUGUGACUGAAAGACCAGUGCAACAUCUCAACAGUGUGCAGACUCAUCUAUCCAAAUGUCUUAUGAACUUGUGAACAUCCAAGUGCUCUAAAAGAAUGUCAUUUUAAAUGCUUUGGUUUUGUUUUGUGUUUUGAACAGUGACAUAAUUUCAUCCUGGUAUGUAUUUCUAUCUAUUUGACCCACAGCAUUCCUUAGUGUCAAACUUAAAUAUGCAGGAUCACUCUGAUCCACUUAAAAUUAGACAUAGAAGACAUGGUUCUUACUGUACGUCUUAACGAUAUUCCUUUUAAAAAUAAGCAAUACUCACAGUCACAGCUCAGUUUCUUACAUGUCUGUGUCUUAUUAGUUCCCAUAUUUACCAUUGUUGCUGUAGCAACAAGUACACUGAAGGUACAUUCAAGUAUUUAUGAACAGAAAAUUGAUAUUUAAAGAUUUCUCUGUAGUUUUCUAUUUUCAUUUUGAGAUGGUAGUUCUUUAAAGAAGAAAAGAGACAGCUUUACUCUGUAUCUUUUGAAAAUUAAGUGUAAAACUUAAAUGAAACAAAAGUUAACUGGAAGGAAGGAAAAUUACAACUACUGACAUGAGAGGAUACCACUGGAGACCACAGGUUUUGAAUAUACUAAUAUAUUUUUUAGUAUUUGUCAUUAAUAUAUAGUAUUUUAGCCAAUACUACUUGCAGUAGGUGAUGCUGUCCGUCCACGCUGGUUGAAUGUGUAUGCUUCAAGUAUACCUGUUUGGUACUUUUUGGUUUAGUUUUAUUUGUGUUUUGGUUAUUUUUAAAUGAAGGUUUUAAUGUGUAUUUGCCUAUAAUUAGUUUGUAAGUCUCCACUUUAACCUUAUGAAAAGUUGCAAGCUUAAUAAUAUUAUUGUGACAGAUUCCUUGGGGAACAAAAAAAAAAAAAAAAAACAGAGAAAAAGUCAACUGCACAGUUUUUUCAGCAACAGCACAUCCAUGGAGAUGUUUUCCAUCCUCACAAACUUUGCUGACGGGACUAAGACUGAACAGAUAUUUUUUUUUGUAUGUGUUUAUUAUUGUUUAUUGAAUGGUUUGAAACUUUUGAAAGGUGAACAAAUAUGGACAGAAAUGAGAGACAUUUUUCUAUUUGGACUGGAGCACUCUGACUUAAAGUGCUCCUGCCUUUGCCAAUGCAAACCACACCUUUAAGGCUCCAUACACUCCAGUCAACAUGACAUUAGAGAGAUUCUCUGCCUAACUACAAUGCCUUGCAUCUGCAUACUGUAUGUCCUCCUUACAUUGCCUUUUAUCGUGCCUUUCAUAACCAAACUAAGUGCAUGUGACUGGCACAAAGAGGAAAGUUUUACACCUGUGCGAAGCUCCAGAGUGUUUCACUCCUACAGUGAAUGAAUCAGGUUGAGAUGAGUAGUUUCAAUCGCUGCAGCCAGGUGUAACAAGACUACCUCUCUGCUGUAGUCUCUUCUCUGAAUUUACCUGCAGUAACACUCUGAACGUCUGUCUCCUAUUUAUCUCAUGUCCUCCAAACUGUGCUUAACCGAGGUGCACUUAGACAUUUUUUUUUUAAAAGCAGAAUAUUUCCACUUUCAGAUGAAAAGAUAUUGAUUACCGAGCAUGGAUUUGUGAAUGAACUGAGCUGUCUGAUGCUGUUCAGUGUUUGUGUGUCUGACAGGGUUUUUCUUCCCAGAAAAGCAUAAAAAA